GCAGAGGCGACACAAACUUCGCUUUCACUUUUGCAGUCAUGCCAACGCAGGCUGCGGUCGGCGAAGCCGAAGUUCGCGUAGCGGGCGAGGCCGCGUGCGUUUAGUCCGCGUGACCUUCCGCCGUUGCGCCUGAGCCGUUUAAGCGCCCGAGGUGAGUUGGUUCCCGCUGCUGGAGAAAGGUGCGUUUUUAACGGGUUAGCGGAGCUAACGCCAAGCUAAUGUUAGGAAACGUCCCGCACAACCGCGUCUUCGGUUUCCUUGUGCCGUAGCGCCCCUCGAACGCUUCCGCCGGGCCGGUCGCCAAGUCUCUAGCAUUUUCUCACUGGCGCGGCAAGUCUGAGGCUUUUCCCAGAUGAAAUUGGGACUAAUGGAUAAUGGUAGCAAAAUGGAGGAGCUAGCUAACAGCUGGAGCAGAGAGGAGGCUGGAUUGAGGAUGGAUGGUGUCCCUUGCAGUUGGAGCGCCACAAGAGCACAAGAGUCUUUCAGCCGGUCCAAGCCAGCAUCGGACACCUUGUCCAGGCUUGCCAAACUGGUGGCACAGGCUGAACAUAAACAAGAUGGUCGCAACCAGAAACAGCACCCAGUCCACACACACUCGUGCUUUUGUCCAGAAUGUGGGCAGGGUUUCCCUGACAUAACAGAACUGUCCCACCAUCAAGAGGUAAAGCAUGCAUUACCUAAGCCCCACCAAUGCCUCUCCUGCGGAAAGGCGUUCUCCCUACUUUCUUCCUUACAGCUGCAUAAGUGUGUGCAUAAGUCCUCACCAUGUGAGUUAUGUCAAGGACAACAAAGGCUCAGUGCUCCAUGUCAUGCAUGUAUGGCUGGACCCUCAGACCCCCAGAGUCCACAGGACAAGACACCUCACCACCAGCCCCACCAUCUUGACAGGAGCCCUUACGCCUGCGCACCGUGUGGAAGAGGCUUCAGCCAAAAACAAGCUCUGUUGUACCAUCAGCAGGCUGGUUGUAGUGAACCACCAUCUCCACUGACAGUAGACGACGCUAGUAGCCCUCCAGCUGACUCCCCACCCCCUGUUUCUGAGGGGGGCUCCACCCACUCAGACUCCUCAGAUGCCCCAGGGCCCAGCGGAAAAGCAUCCAUAAGUUGCCCCUUGUGUUGUAGGACCUUUCGAACAGGGGCUGGACUCCACUGUCAUAAGCGUAAUGUCCAUGCAGAAGAGCUGCCGAUGACUCAAAGGGCACAGAAAACCAAAGGAGGAGGAGAUGUAGGUGGAGAGGGAGACAGAGAAAGGAAAUUUAAGGUGAAUGGGAAUCUGGCUGACAAGCGCAAAUCUAAACAGAAGUUGCUGAGCUGUCGCUCCUGUGACAUGGUUUUCAAGAGUACUGCCAAACUAUACCUGCACAGGAAAGAGAAACAUAGAAGGGAGAAGGAAAUGAGGAGAGAUACAAGGCCGGUCAUCACCAAGCGCAGGAAAGGGGAAACGUAUCCGUGUCUGGUCUGUGGCAGAGUCUUCCUACAUCAUUUGUCCCUCAUGGCACAUUCUAAACAGCAUGGAGCCUCAACCCUCACCGGCAUCCAGAAAGGGUGUCAGUCUGUAGGGAAUACUGCCAAAGACUCAAAAUUAACAGAAAAGAAACCAAAAAAACUAAAAAAUAGCCUAAUAGAAAAUAAGUUUGUUAGGGCUGGUCCAGGGAGGCCUGCCAGGAAAGUGGCCCAAUUAGAAGUGAAGUUUAACUCUCCAGAAAGACUCAGGGAAGUGCCUAAAGUGGAGGAGGACAUGGAUAGAGAGUUCCCAUGCCCAUCUUGUGCUGAGGUGUUUACACUGCAGUCGGAACUACGGGACCACGUGGAGCUCCACCAGUCCUCAGUAAGGAGGAGGCAGUGCAGUGUGUGUACCCAGGAAAUGGACUGCUCCAAAGGGCCAGGCUCUAAGAGACACAGGCUGUACCACUGUGUGCUCUGCCAGCAGGCUUUCUCAGUUCUGGACACUUUCCUAGAGCACUGCCAAGGCCACCUCCGAAUCAAGGUGGAGGAGGAAAGCAUCACUGAGGUCUAUAAUCAUCGUGGCAAAAAAAACUAAGAUUCAUUUUGAAUGUAAUCUGUCUUUUUUUUCCAAUUGCCGUAUUGCCUUGAAGGAACAGUGAGCAUUAUGAGUGGAUAGAAGUUCUGCAGUCUCAGUGUUUUUAAAAUGUCGUAUUCAGAUGAUGUCAAACCUUGGGGCAAUAGUAUUCAAAAAUAUUUUUUAGAUUUUUGUUUUCACUUUCUUGGAGUACCAGAUGCAUUUAUUUUAUUGCAUUCUGACUUUAAGGAUGUCGUGUAAGUCUUUUGCUUUAAGGUGUAAUUGGUUAAAUUUCUUUUGAUAGCAAUCAUGUAACCAUUAAAUCUCUGGCGCUCAUCGUGUUAUGCGUUGUAACAAAUCCCUCUCAUUUGGCUCAGUCAGCUAAAUAACAAAUAUCAAGUAUUCACAUAUACUUUUUUAUCCUAGAUGUGGGUGAAUCCAAAUUAAACUAUCAAUUAUGUGUACUUUGCAAAGGAGAGAGUAAAAAGUUUUUUUUUCUUACGACACCCAAGGUUUUCAAAGCUUGCUCUUGUUUCCAGAUUGAUGAGAAUUCGAAUAUAUGAUCUUGCAUUAGAUCCAGUAAACGUGCCUUUCACGUUGGUCUUCUACUUUUAGAUGUAUUAUCCACCUAUGCAAAUAGAAUUAGUAGAGUAAGUUGGGAGAACUGACAUCCUUCUAGUGAUUCUGUGUUGCUUGGUUAUUGUGCUACGGUGAAUGAACACGAUUUCUUUUUUUCUUUAUUCCUAUACAUGGUUUUCAGCUACUGUUAAAAAGCUACUGUGAAAAAUAUUUAAUAGUUUUUGAAAGCUUCUACUUUUGUAAAUUAGUUAAGUCCUUUACAGAAUAAAAAGGAUUCUCUUGAGAUUUUGUCCAAAUUUAUUUCCCAAACGUUGCAACUAGUACAAUUUAUUCAUUGUGCAUUUUCCAAAGACGCGUGUAUUUCCUGAGGGCUCCCAAGAAAACUGCCUUUCUGUGUGCUCUCUGCUUCUUCA